UCAUUGUCAAAUUUUAAACAAAAAUAAAGGCGGUGGUUGUUUGUUAAAACUUAAACAAUUUUAGAUUCUAAAGUUUAUAAAGUUUUGAAUUAAUUUAUUAAGUAAGCCACGAACUUUAAAUCAUGCAGCCUCUACUUAAUACGAAGGGUGAUAUUCAAAUAGAUCUAAAUCAAGUGAGAAUUGAUGUACUAAAUGGUAUUCGUGAAUGUAACGACCGCGGCUUGAUACAAACUGCAAAAUGGCUAGCAGAAUUGAAUUUUGCUCUUAAGGACCAUAAAAUUAAUCAAACAGAGCCGCCUAAGCCUCUUGAACAUGAUAUUAUACCUGAAGAAAGAGAAGCGUACACUCUAGCGAAAAGUUUCUUUGAUUGUCAGGAGUAUGAUAGAGCAGCUCAUUUUAUAGAAAACUGCACAAGCCCCAAGUGUGUAUUCCUGCACAAAUACUCGCAAUAUAUGUCAAGUGAAAAAAAGAGAUUGGACAAUGCCACUGAUACUGGGACGGAAAAUAUUGAAUCUACGCAAGUUUUAUUAGAUUUGUUAUCUUUUUUUAAGGCCAACCGCAACACCCUAGAUGGAUAUCUUUUAUACUUAGAAGGUGUUGUUUUAAAGAAAUUGGAUUUAAGGAGCCAGGCUGUGACUGUUCUACAAGCAGCAGUGGCAGCAUCACCCACUCUCUGGGCAGCGUGGGUUGAACUGGCUGGACUCGCUAAUGAGUAUGAGGCUUUAGACUCGCUACAACUACCUAAACACUGGAUGAUGUAUUUCUUUGCUGCUCACGCCUUUGUGGAAUUGAAGCUUUCCGAACAAGCACUUGAGGCAUAUAUGGUGCUUGCUGCAGCUGGCUUUGAGAAAAGUACUUAUAUCACUGCACAGAUGGCUAUUGCCCAUCAUGAUAGGAGAGAUGUGGAUUCAUCAUUGACUUUGUUUAGAGAUCUCUACCAAAAUGAUCCAUACCGCUUGGACAAUUGGGAUGUCUACUCUCAUUUAUUAUAUUUGAAAGAUAAAAGGAUGGAACUGGCAAAUUUGGCACAAAAAGCUGUUUCUAUUGACAAAUACAGAGUUGAAACAUGUUGUGUUAUUGGUAACUAUUACAGUUUAAGAAGUGAGCAUCAAAAGGCAGUACUAUAUUUCCAAAGAGCCCUCUCUCUGGACCCACAGUACUUAUCAGCGUGGAUACUUAUGGGGCAUGAAUUUAUUGAACUGCAGAACUCAAAUGCUGCAAUUCAGUGUUACAGACAAGCAAUAGAUGUCAAUAGGAAUGAUUACAGAGCUUGGAAUGGUCUUGGCCAGGCAUAUGAAAUUCUGGGGCUUAACGGUUACUGUAUAUAUUAUUACUCAAGGGCAGCCCAACUUAAGCCAGAUGAUUCUAGAAUGUUAGUGUCUUUGGGAGAAGCAUAUGAGAAGAUGGACAAAAUCCCUAAUGCCCUUAAAUGCUAUUAUAAAGCUCACAGUACUGGAGAUAUUGAAGGCAUGGCAUUGUUUAAAUUAGCUAAGUUAUACGAGAAGUCGAAUAUGCCUAAUAGCGCGGCGGCGGCGUACACUGCGGCGUGCCAGGACCCCGCCAACGCGGGCAGCAAGGAGCUCCCGGCCGCGCAGCGCUACCUCGCGCAGUACUACCUGCGCUUCUCGCUCAUCGACCACGCCGCGCACUACGCCUAUAAGUGCCUCGAACACGAGAGUACAAAAGAAGCUGGAAAAAACAUACUUAAAACAAUAUCCGAGAAAAGGCUCGCCGCAUCUAACUCUUCUCAGUCGAAUUUCAAGCCUGAAGACCUGCCAGACACUAUUAAAAAUGUGUCCACGUCCGCCACCCAAGACACGCCGAAGACUCCUUUCCCUCUACCUAGUCCCAACGUGACCCCUGAUAACUUCUCCACACCAAAGUUUACACGGCUGAAUAGCAAAUAUAAAAUUUGACAGCCCAUAUCUUAACACGUUCAACGCCAAGGAAUAAAUGCAGAUCUUUCUAAACAGGCCAUGUCAGACAAUGUUGACCGGCACUUGUAUGUAUCGUUCAGGCCGUGGGGGACAAUGCUGUCCGACGGUCAGAGCUAUUUUCAAACUUCUCAUUUGAGCCGCCGGGCAUUCGUUUUUAGGAUGUUUUGUAUAUAGCAGGACCCGCGCGGCUCCACAGAACAGUUUGGAUAUCGCAGCACGCAAAGAUUUUAAUUUCUUAUUGAAAUUUUUUGCCACUUUCUACAUCGAUUUUUUUCCAACUCUAGAGUACUUCAAAAAAUUGUUUAAUGGAUGUAAGAUGAUGAAUAAAUUGUUGAAAUGGAAUACCUAUAGGGUUGGUAAAUAAGGUAAUAUAGGAAUAACCAAUUAAAUUAAGCUUUUAUUUAAAAUUAAUUAUAUAAAAUAUCUUAAGACAUAGUUACAAAAUUACGAAAAUAUGAGAUCGUCCUGAGACCAUUCUUGUUUUCAACCACGUUCAUGAGAUACAUUAUAACUUGUAAAAAGUAAAAAAAAACAUGAAUUGCUUGUAAUAUUUUAAGCGAAACGAUGGGCUUUAUUAAAGCAAUCCAAACACAAAAAUGGUUUGUUUGGACAAUCAUCACAAAACGUUUGCACUUUUUUCACUUUGUUUUUAGCCUGUUUUCUUCCUUGACUCUGUACAAUGUUCUUAUAACACUGAGAGCAAGAUCUCCUAACAAUUGAACUCUUUCCUUCUUUCUUCACCAGUUUGUGUUUCAACCUCUUAGGUCUUUCAUCCUGAAUUUCUUGUAUAUUUGUCUGCAUACAAAAAGAUUCCACAAUACUUUUUCUAAAGUUACUUAUAGGAAUCUUUUUAUUUGUAACUUUUUGAUACAAAAUAUAGGCGUUUACCAAUGUAGUAUUGAGCAAUAAAUUAAUCGCAAGCUUCUUGUGCCACUUCAGCGAUUUUCUCAAAGGUGUUGAAUAAGCAGCCAAUUGAUCAGCCAAAUCAACUGCCCCUUUCACUUUAUUAUAGUCUACAACAAUUUUUGGCUUUGAAACAAUUUUGCCACGUUUAUUGAUAUCGUGAAAUUGUAUUGAAUGCUUCGUGGAUAGCACAUAUACGUCACGCUUGUCCUUCCAUUUCAUCAUAGUUAUUCCAUCGAAGCUCUCGGCUGCAGCAAAGUCGCCUUUUCUAAGUUUAGCUGUAACAACAUCUUUAGGCAACUGUCUUCUAUUUUUGCGAAUGGUGCCUACCAGGUGCGUUUCUUGGUCUAUUAGCUGUCGUGCCAAAUCUACACUUGUAUACCAGUUGUCCGUAUAAAGAGUAUGUCCUUUAUUCAACAAAUCUCCGCACAAAGACAUAACAACAUUCGUCGGUGUAUUAUUAGUCUCGUCAUUUUUACCUGCGUAAAUGCUUACUUUAUAGGUAUAUCCCGGAAUUGUGCAUAGUUUAAACUCCUUUAUGCCAUAUUUAUGACGUUUUUGUUUAUUAUAUUGACGAAAUAUUAUCCUUCCACGGAAUGGCACCAUGCUUUCAUCGAUACAGAUGUCUUCAGUAGGUGUAUAAUUUUUUUUAAAAUUAGCGUUUAGAUUUUCGAUUAGCUGGCGAACUCGAUGCAACCGAUCUUCUUUGUUAUGGUCGUCAUUGUCAGAAAAAUGAAGCAUUUGCAAAAGCAAUUCAAAACGGUUGCGAGACAUCACAGUUCUCGAAAACGGGUGCCCGGUUAUUUUGUCUUUUGACCAAUAAUCCGCCAAUUUGACAAGCUUCACCAAACCCAUAAAUAAAAUCAAGCCAAAAAAUUGCUUCAUUUCUGUCAAGUUUGUAGGAUGCCACUUUCUAAUACGUGCACUGGGAGUAGCUUCAGGCAUAUUCGUUAUUUUAGCUAUAGCAUAGCAAUUAGUGUGAUUCACUAUUUGUUGAAGUAUAUCGUCGGUUACAAACAGCGAAUAAAAAUCUACGGGUGACAUAUUAGACAUUGAUAACUUGACGUGCAAUGGAACACCCGAAAUUUCGGUGAAAGGAAUAAUCUUGCGUUGAUUACCUUUUGGUUCAGUCCAAACAUUCGUUGAUGGUGUACUUCCUGAAGUAUCUGGACCAACUGCCUCAUGUUCGCUGAUCUCACUAUCUGAUUGAAUUAUACGACGCCUCUUUUUUUUUGUGGGUAAUAUUUGAUAGUCAUCUUCAUCCUCCGAACUCAGUUGAAAACUAUUGUUUAGCAAUGAUAUUUCGAUAUCAUUAAGUUGUGUCAAAAUGUCCUCUGUGAUUUCAAAACCAUCAUCGUCAAAGUCAGCCAUUAUAAUGUAAGUAACUAGCGAAUAUCUUUGAUGCGUAGGUAUUACGAUUUGGCGGGAAAAACACAGCUCUAACGUAAAGCGGGUAACGUAACGUCCUGCGAAAUGCUUGCGAAGGACUGAAGGGGCGCGGGAGGAUAGCGAAUUGCGCGUACGGCUGAGUGGUGGGAGCGGGACGGAUGGGUAAUGCGGGCGGAGUACUUCUCGGCCAGCAAACGGCGCGGCGGCGCAGUGUAGGUAGAAUGGGCGACAACGUGACCCGCGCGGCGCGCUACGUUUGAAAUGCAGAUGACCAUGCGCAGGGGGCCAUCGGGGACAAUGAUGGGCGACAUGAGCUAUUGUCGUUAUUAUACUGUUUUAAUCAGUCUCCUUAAUACUCUAAUAGUUUAAAACGUUUAACUAUUCAUAUGCACUAAUAAAACAAAAAAGGAUUUUUUGACAUAUUACACCUUUUUUGUAUGGCUAGUGGAGAAAGUAGAGUGUCGCCCAGUAUUGUCCGACCUGGCGUUGAACGUGUUAA